AAGACUAGGGGGAGGAGCCCUGAGUCUGUUGGGGGCGGGACUAGGGACAAGAGGAGGAGCCGAGUGUCAGGUGACCAUAACUCUGACAGCUCCAGUGUCUCAGAGAGAAGCCAGAGAAGAAGAGUGGCUCUUCCUGUUCCUGUUCCUGUUAAAGCUGAGACGUCUCCCCAGCGCUCCCUGAUGAACACACACGUCAUCAGACCUCGUACCCAGGCCUCAGCCCUCAGCGUCUCCUCCGACAGUGUUGGAGACACGCCUGCAUCCAUACACUCAGUCUGCUCUAGAACUCAGCUGGCAGCAAGACCUUGUAGUGGAGGAGCCAUGAGGUCUGGUUCUGGGGCUAGAGGAACCUCAACCAACAGGCCUGCUGGUACAUGGUCUCAGGGACCCAAGGGGUCUUUCUCUGAGAGUCUCGGAGCAUCAAGCCAACUCAGUGACACCCACACUGACUCCAUCCACACUAAGAACAGUAGGUCAGACAGGGGGUACUCUGUAGACACCCACACUGACUCCAUCCACACUAAGAACAGUAGGUCAGACAGGGGGUACUCUGUAGACACCUGCAUCUCUACUGACUACAACUCCUCACCUGAGUCCCACAAGGCUGAAGAUAUAGAAGAGGAGCUAACUGAGGAGAGAGGAGAGGAGCCUUCUGAGGAGGCAGGAGAGGAGCUAACUGAGGAGACAGGAGAGCUAGCUAAAGAGUCUAUAGAUGAACUGGGUUCUCUGGGGUUCAGUAAUGAGUACCAACAUGUCUCUGAGCUGGUAGUUAACAAGCUCCCUGGAUACACCUUCUAGAAGACCCACAUGAAGAAGGUGCUUCCUAGGGACAAAUGUAUCAAGCAUCUCAAGGUAGUGCUGCUGAUCUAGGGUCAGAUUUUCCCUUUCCAUAUAAUCCUAAUCAUUGUGAUAUUAAAGGCAAAACCAGUUCUCCUAAUCUAAUGCUGUGUUUACACAGGCAGCCCAAUUCUGAUAUUUUUUUCACUAAUUGGUAUUUUCACCAAUCAGAUCAGUUCUGAAAAUGAUCUCAUAUGAAAAGAUCCUAAGUGAUUGGUCAAAAGACCUAUUAGUGGAAAAGAUAUCAGAAUUGGGCUGCCUGUGUAAACACAGCCCAUGAUGCUUGAUACAUAUGGGCCCUGACAUAGUCCACAUCUGGUUUACUGAUAGAGCAAUGGUGUGGAGACGGAUAUGGUUAGUCAUUCUGAAUUUGGACGGGCGGGACACCUCCAUUUUAAUAUCUCUUUCUGUACGGCACUAGACUAAACUUAAUGUAACGUUACACUUGUAUGUUGUAUCAAUCAUUCAUGAAUUCAAAGGGCUAGUUGAAUAAUUUACUUCCAUGUUAGACUGUUAUCUGUGUGUGCGGGUUUGGGAAUUCCCUAAUAUGAAUAUGUUAUCAAAAAGUAAGACUGUAUGGUACUGUUUUAGUUUAAAAUGUCUUUCCCAAAUUA